AGAACAGUACAGGAUAUAUAAAUACCAAAUUGGUACUAACUUUGAGCGCGAAAACCCUCAAAUGGAAGUGUCAAGUCUUCCGAUAUCGGCAUCGCUGAGAGCAAAGCUGAUCUCCGCCGGCUACUCUUCUCUUUCUUCGCUCCUUUCCGCCUCCUGCUCCGACCUUGCUCGCGAUCUAAAGAUUUCAGAAAAUGAGGCGAUUGGAAUUUUGAGAGUUGCAUCACAAAGGAAGGGAUCUGAAAGAUCUAAUGGAACUAGCUCCAUUGUUAAUGGAGCGCAAACUGCCUGGGAUAUGCUAAACGAGGAGGAAUCACUUGGACGUAUCACAACAUCUUGUUCCGAGUUGGAUGACAUUUUGGGUGGGGGAAUAAGUUGCAAAGAGGUUACUGAAAUUGGUGGGGUGCCAGGAAUUGGUAAAACACAACUUGGGAUACAACUUGCAGUAAACGUUCAAAUUCCCAUGGAUUAUGGUGGUCUUCAAGGCAAGGCAAUAUAUAUAGAUACGGAAGGCAGCUUCAUGGUGGAGCGCGCUUUACAAAUUGCUGAAGCUUGUCUGGAAGACAUGCAAGAAUAUCAUGGUUUUUUAAAGAAGGAUUUACAAGCUUGUCAACUUAACAGGAAGCCAGAGGAUUUCCUUGAAAACAUAUUCUAUUUUCGCGUUUGUAGUUACACAGAGCAAAUUGCUGUUGUAAAUUACUUGGAUAAGUUCAUCUCAGAGCAUAAAGAUGUUAAGGUUGUUAUUAUUGAUAGCAUUACAUUCCAUUUCCGUCAAGAUUUUGAUGACAUGGCCCUUAGAACCCGACUACUUGGUGGAAUGGCCUUAAAGUUGAUGAAGCUUGCGAAGAAAUAUACUUUGGCAGUUGUCCUCUUGAAUCAAGUAACCACCAAGUAUAUCGAAGGGUCAUAUCAGUUAACUCUUGCAUUAGGAGAUAGCUGGUCACAUGCUUGCACUAACCGGGUGAUUUUAUACUGGAACGGUAAUGAAAGGUAUGCAUACAUUGACAAGUCGCCUUCUAUUCGAUCAGCAUCUGCUCAAUAUUCCGUGACAGGCAGAGGGAUUCGGAGCUCUGUUUCAAACUGUAAACGAGUCAAGAUGAUGUCACGGGUUCGAAUCAUGGAAGCGGACACUAAUGCAUGCAUUAAGCUAGACUGUCUAUAUCACACCCCAUGGGAUGCAGCCUUUCCUCGGACUCGCAUGAACGUGUGAGAAGCAUUGUGCACCGAGCUACCAUUUUCUUUUAGGAUUGUUUAUAAGUUCAUCAUUUUAAUUGUGAGAAACUCUCAUAGAGAAGGUAAUCAAGUUGCUGAUGGACAUGCUAAAACGAUAGUAAUCAACUUAAAAGGCAUGAUUUACCUUCUUUUGUGUAGGAUGUUUUGUACAGAAUUCGCUUUAGAACAUUUGUCACUAAAGAAAACAAAGAAAUUAAUUUUCUUUUUCAAUUUCACCCUUACUACUCCAAGUAAAUGCCCCCCACUAAUAUUACCAUAAUUAAAGUGAAAACCAAAUGUGGCACAUGGAACAAACAAAAAAGUGGUGAUAAUAACUAAGCGCAGAGCAAUAAUAAGUGGGAUUAACAUGACCAUAAUACACCAAUUUCAACUUUUAAUUGCAAAAUGGUCGUUUCACCUUGUAAUUACCGCCUCCUAAAAUGGACCAUCCUCUCUAUUACGUCAAUGACGACACCUUCAAAGCUCCAACAACUAUUUUUUUCUUUCAUUCUGUGUUUGAUAUUUGCUUUAAAUUCAACUAAUUUAAAUUCGUAUUGCGUAAGACUUAUUAAAGCGGAUAUAUGUUUUUACCAAAUUAUUUUCAUUUCAAAACUUAAACCGAGACUUUGGAUUAAGUGGAAGAAUCAUAUUCAUUCCACCACAACUUUCGGUGAUAACAACUUACUCUUAUUCCUUCUCUUUUUACUAAACUUUAGAAAGAAAAAAUAAUGUAAACUUUUUAAGCGUUUAGCAUAAUUUUUAGAAUUUUAUGAACUAAAAGUACUUAAAUGUAAAAUAUAUGGAUCCUUUAAUAGAUAGAUAAGGUACUAAAUCCUUUGUCUUUUUUCAAUUUAAAGCAGGGUUCAUUUUCUAUCUAAACUAAAGUAGAUAACUGUAUAACAAUGCACGGAAUCUGUUUCUUAAGCCUGACGUAAAAUUCCACAUCAAAAUCUAGCAGUUGUAUUUUAAAUUAUUUAUUGGUUUUUUGAAAGAAACGCUGUAUGGUUAGGUGAGAUGAAUUUUUUGACCAAAAAGUACCUCAACCAACCAAACAAAAAAAUAGUUUUUUUUUUUAAUUUUUAAUUUUUAAUUUUUUUUAUUUUGUUGAGGGGCAUCGAAAAGAUAACAACCUAAUUUGGUUGUUGGUUCUUGAAUUCAACCCCUUACCUAAUAUUUCUCCAAGUUCUGUAUUUUGCAUUUUUUUCCUUCUCUUUUUUGUUUCCACUUUGGCAUUCAUAAUUAGAUUCGUUCCUCAAUUUUUCUUUGAUAGAAUAUGCUAUUCUAUAUAACCUUAAUAUGACAAGGAAAGUAAGAGGGGGAAAAAUAGCUGCACAAAAAUUCAAGGUAGAUUUAGCUCGACAUUGAUUUAGAAAUAUCUGCUAAAACUCAUCGUCCACAAAUUUCAUAUAUUAGACUAAUUUAAAGAUCAAAGAGAAUAAAGAGUUGCCCCUUCCCCUUCAUCAAACAAUCACAAGCAAGUUGACCAUACAAGUUAAUUUAUAGAUCCAAAAGUACUUAAAUGAGUCAUUUUUAUAUUGUUAUUAAAAAUAUUCUAAGUUUAUAUAUUAAUAAGUCACCAUUUGGGUUUUGAUUUAGUACAGCAACACAUGAUAUGUGGAUUAGACGUAAGUCACACUUUAAAUAUCAUGCAAAAGGGUUAAUAUUCAAGUGAAAAAUGAUAGAAAAGCGGAUCUAUUAUCCAUCGAAUUUUGAACCAUAAGCCAGCUAGUUCCUUCUCAUAUACUUUAUCCGUUCCAGUUUAUGUGAAUCUAUUUUCUUUUUGGUCCGUUCUAAAAGAAUGACCCUUUCUAAAUUCGAAAACAAUUUAGCUUAAACUUCCAAAUCUAUCCUUAAUGAGAAGCUUUUAUAACCAACAAAUACUUUGGACACAUUUUUGAUUUGUUUAGAACCACAAAUUCCAAAACUCUUUAUUUUUCUUAAACUCCGUGUUCAAUCAAACAUGUUCGCAUAAAUUGCAACGGAAGGAGUA